AUGGCUGAUGACGACAAGGCCAAAGCGGAGAAGCUGGCUGCGGCUAAGAAGAGGGCAAAGAACCUCCCUGGUUUGCAGGUUGAAGCACUAAAAAAACAAAAAGCCAAAAAGGCAGGCGGCGACUCGUCAAAGAAGGCCGACAAACCAAAGGACGCCCCCACACCAUCAGCAUCAGCAGCAGUAGAGCAAGAGGAGGAGGGCCCCAAGGACGAUGCCGCCAAGGAUGAGCCGAGCGACGUCGUCGAGCAGACGGUGACGUCUCCGCCGCUCUCAGAAGCCGAGCAGUCGCAGGCGCGCUCGAGCUCGUUCCGCAAGCAGUCUGUCUCUUCAGGCGUAGCGGGGGCCGCACCGCCCACCUCGGGGCUGACGAGCCCUGACCUCCGCGAGACGGCACCGGACAUCUACCGCAAGAACAUGGCGCGCAUCGAGGAGCUUGAAAAGGAGAACAAGCGGCUGGCUAGGGAGUCGACCGAGGCGGAGAAGCGGUGGCAGAAGGCCGAGGAGGAACUGGCUGACUUGCGCGAGGCCGAAGGUGACUCGGGCAAGAAGGCUGGUGGUUCUGACGAGGUUGAGAAGCUUAAAUCCGAACUCGCCUCGCUGCAACGACAAAACGCUCAACUCCAAGCCCGCCGCCACGGCUCCCAGGCGUCCGUCUCACACACGGCCGAGCCGCAGGAGCUGGCCGAGCAGUUGGCUGCCCGCACGGCGACGAUCGAGAAGAUGGAGCUGGAGAUGUCACGGCUGCGCGCCCAGGUCGAGCGCCUGGCGUCCAACACGACGCAAUCAGAGCAGGUGACAGCGCUGGAGGAGCGCGCGGCGCGGGCCGAAAAGGCGGCCGGUCAGGCGCAGCGCGAGCUGGCCGACAUGAAGAAGAACCUGGAGCGGGCGUCGGAGAAGGCGGUGCGUGAGGGCAGCGAACGGGCCAGCGCCGACACCAAGGUGCGCGCGCUCGAGAAGGAGGCGGCCGAGGCUAAAGAGAAGAGCGAAAAAGAGGCCGCCAGGGCGGACGCGCUGGAGAAGAAGGUGGCGACGCUCACGACGUUGCACCGCGAGCAGGACGCGCGGAGCCAGGCGCUCCGUAAGGACAAGGAGAAGGCCGAGAAGGAGGUCCAGACCCUCUCGGCCAAGGUGGAGACGCUCGAGGCGGAGAACCUCAAGCUGCGCAAGAGGGACGCGCAGGACAGCGGCGGCACCGACAAUGACGGCGUGGACGAGCUCGAAGACGAAGGCAGGGCCAAGCUGGAGGCACGCGUGCGCGAGCUCGAGGCCGAGAACCACGAUCUCAGAAGCGGCAUCUGGCACGAGAAGCGCAAAGAGAUGCAGGUCGGGCCCGACGGCCAGUUCUCCGAGGUCGAGCUCACGACGCCUCAGGUCGGCGCCGGCUCGCCGUCGCAUCAGCGCAAGGCGUCAGGGUUCGGGGACUUUUUCUCGAGCAUCACAGGUGCAGGGGGUCACCAUCACCACCAGCAUCAUCACGACAACGAGCCGCUCCUCGAGGACGACGACGACUUUGAGUUUGACGAAGCCGCCUUUCGCCGCGCCCAGGAGGAGGACGCCAAGAAGCGGAUCGAGCGCAUCAAGGAGGUCAAGAGGGGGCUCAAGAACUGGGAGGGCUGGAGGCUCGACCUUGUCGAGAGCCGGAGCGUCGGUGGUGAAGGAGUGGGUGAGAUAUUUGAGGUGUAG